AGUAUACUAGUAUCACUUCUUGACUGAGCACUUUAUUUGUUUACAUACAAACUAAGAAGACUAGAGGCCGGGUCUCCAUACAAACCUUCGAAAUUCUACAGUAUAUCGAAAAACAGCAAUUGAAAUUAAUGAAAAAACAAUUCACAGAUAUCUAUUUCUAUUAUUAAAACUCUCAUAGAAAAUGAGUAGUAAAAACAGUUCUGGAGAUAUUUCAGGUGAUAUCGAUCCAGUUCAAGAAGAAUUCGCUGGUCACGUUCGAGAAGUUGGAAAUCAUGCAAUUUGGAGUCUUUCAAGUUGUAAGCCAGGUUUUGGAGUUGAUCAACUACGUGAUAAUGUAACUGAAACUUAUUGGCAAUCUGAUGGUCAACUUCCGCAUUUAGUAAACAUCCAAUUUCGUAAAAAAACAACAAUUAGAGAUAUUUGUAUCUACACUGAUUACAAACUCGACGAAAGUUACACUCCAAGCAGAAUUAGCAUCAGGGCAGGGACAAAUUUUAAUGAUCUUCAAGAAGUUGAAGUUAUGGAUUUAAAUGAACCUAGUGGAUGGGUUGUAAUUCCAAUCAAAGAUAUGAAUGAUCGUGCAAUCAGGACAUUCAUGAUUCAAAUUGCCGUGAUAAGUAAUCAUCAAAAUGGCAGGGAUACACAUAUGCGACAAAUAAAAGUUCACAGUCCAGCUCAAGAUUCUUUGAGCUCUUCAGUACCUCACCUCCCCGGACAAUUUCUUACAAAUGAAUUCCAACGGUAUUCCACAAUAAGAUGAAUCGAAUAAACUGACCCAUAUUUCAAUUUUUAAAAAUUGAGAAACUAAUCAAUACCAGAUAACUGAAAUUAAAAAAAAAAUACAUAAAUAAAAAUAUAAUAAUUAAAUAAAAGUGUUGAGUUUGUUACUCGAAAUAAAAAUAAAAAGAAGGUUGCAGGUAUUUUUGGAAAUGUGAAAUAAUAACUAUCAUGAUAAAUAAUAAUAAAUUUAUAAAAAAUAAAUAAUCAAUAAGUUAAAAAAUAUCCAAGUAAUGCAAGUUCAUGUAUAUUUUUAUAACUUUGAGAUAUUUUAAGAAUAAAAGUCAUUUUUCUUCUAAAAAAA